AUUAUCGUAGAUUUUCUUAGCUAAACCAAUCAUUUCCUAUUUCCUAUGCGAACUUCAUCUUGUGAUACUCUUCAACCGCAAGUUAGUAACGCCCGCAGUCGUCAUCCUGGAGAUUGUUACGAAAUUGCGUACGCGCUGGAAUAUUACCGGCCUUGGCUGGAAAAUAAUAGCCAGAAAGCACGUCGCAAUGGCUUCAACCGCGGCCAAUGGGGCAACGACCGCGGCUAAGACCAAGUUACAUGGGCGGGUGUUCUAUGAAAGCAUAGGUAGCCCAAAGUUUGUGCUUGCGCCUAUGGUCGGCCAGUCGGAGUUCGCCUGGCGCAUGCUUACUCGGUCGUUUCUCACUCCAGACGAGAACUCGAAACUCUUAGCUUAUACGCCUAUGUUCCAUGCUCGAUUAUUUAAAGAAACAGCCAAAUAUAGAGAAUCGCACUUCGAAGCGACCCGACCCUCUCCGUCUACUCCUGCUUCGACAACGCCGAAUUCUACGCCUGCAUCUACGAACACCGAACAAUUACCCCCAUUCCUGGAUGGUAACCCGGCAUUCGAUCGUCCUCUAUUCGUGCAGUUCUGCGCCAAUGAUCCCGAACACUUACUGGGUGCAGCAACCCUUGCUGCGCCUUAUUGCGACGCCGUCGACUUGAACCUCGGCUGUCCCCAGGGUAUAGCGCGCAAAGGUCACUAUGGCGCAUUCUUGCAAGAGGACCAGGAACUUAUCUACAAGCUGAUCAAUACCCUUCAUAAGAACCUCCCCGUACCUAUUACAGCAAAGAUCCGUAUAUUGGAGACCAAGGAGGACACUCUAGCUUAUGCUAAGAACGUGUUGGCUGCGGGCGCAAGUAUCAUUACCGUCCACGGACGAAGACGAGAGCAAAAGGGUCAUAUAACCGGUGUCGCAGACUGGGAAUACCUGCGCUAUCUAAGAGAGAACCUACCCAAGGAAACGGUCAUUUUCGCCAAUGGCAAUAUUCUCCAGCACGGAGAUCUGGAAAGAUGUCUCGAGGUAACGGGCGCAGACGCCGUCAUGAGCGCGGAGGGAAAUCUAAGCGAUCCGGCCAUCUUUGCGCAACCGCCACCUCCUGGACAAGAGGGACGAGAGUAUUGGCGAGGUAUAGACGGCAAGGGUGGCUAUCGAAUAGACGCCGUAUUUAGACGUUAUAUGGACAUCAUACACAAAUACGUCCUACAACGGGAUCCGCCAGCGCGAAGGCCCUUAUUCAUUAUUGGGGAUGACGAGAGUUGGCUUGCUGAAGGAAAAGACAAGGAUGCAGAGCAAGAGGAGGGCCCGGCGCGCAAAAAAAGGAAGAAGGAUGGCGGCAGCAGGAACGAGAAAUGCACCUCGCCGAAUCUCCUUGCGGUCCGACCUCACUUAUUCCAUCUCCUAAGACACUUCAUAUCGAAACACAUAGAUAUCCGUGACGCUCUAGCAAAGUGCCACGCCGGCGACGUUCCAGCUGUCGAGAAUAUCCUCGAUAUGGUAGAGCGGCGUGUAGCCGAAGGCCUUAUCGAAUACGAGAGGACUGGAGGUAAAAGCAUAGAAGAACCAGAAGCACAACCCAAAGCGGUAGAAAAUAAGGAGUCAGCAGAAUCGACAAAGACAGAAGAUACCGAAGACACGGAUUUCGAUCCGGAAAGCUCGGUAGCAACCGUCAAGAAAUGCAAGCGGCCGUGGUGGAUCGCACAACCCAUAGUGCGACCGCUUCCGAAGGAGGCCCUGGCGAACGGGAGCAUAAGUCUUAGUAAGAAGGAGAAGAAGAAACAGGAAUUAGAGACCCAAGCCGGGGCCCAAGGGGAUAUAAACGUGGGCGAUGCGGAAUUACCGAAGCCGGACGGCAUAGCGAGGAUUAAGGAGCCCCCUAUGGAUGCGAAGAAGCCGGCGCUUACGGCUGAUGAGCUAGUUUGUGGGUAGAGGUUAGAGAUUGGGAAUAUAAAGGUUACUAUAGAUCAUGGCAUAACAUAAAGCGUGUGUUGGAUAAGGCUAUAUCCAAGGUUAGAUUCUAUAGAAAUUUACAAGUCUAGCAAAUGCAAGGGGUGGCACU